GAAGAAAAAGCUGAUGCUCGUCUGAACCGCUUUAGCCCCUCGAUUUAUAAAAAUAAAAGCACAUUAUUGUGUCUGUCUCUGAGGAUUUAAACCCCUGAGGAGGAAAUUAAACAACCUGCCCUCCUCAUCUUCACCUGCAUGAUGGACCAAUGAUAAAUGGGAAGGAUGUCUGCAACACCAGAUAGUUCAAGAUGUCGGGGAACUCGACUGAAGGCUGUGUGAGGACAUGAAAACCGAGAUAUCCACGGAUGGAGGGACAUCAGAAGUCCGUGUGAAGAAAGAGGAGACGCUGGAGCUGAAAAUCUACAACCAUGGAGACGACCUUGAUAAUCCACCUGAAGGUCUCUCUGUUAAAGUGGAAGAUCCUGACAAUAAAGACUACCUCAACUGCGAAGUUUGCAAAUCCUUCUUCCUCAACAAAUGUGAGAUUCAUGGACCGCCCCUCUUCAUCCCAGAUACUUUUAUUCCCAUGGGAGUCCCUGACAGAGCCAGACAAACUCUUCCUCCUGGGCUAGAAAUCCGGAAGUCCAGUAUCCCUGAUGCAGGCCUGGGAGUGUUUAAUAAGGAGGGUACUGUUCCAGUAGGUGCACACUUCGGACCCUACCAGGGAGAGUUGGUAAACGGAGAGGAAGCCGGGAACAGUGGAGACUCCUUGGUUGUAUACAGGAGCAUGCAGUGUGAACAAUACAUUGAUGCCAAAAGAGAAAUGCAUGUGAAUUGGAUGAGGUAUGUGAAUUGUGCCCGUAAUGAAGAAGAACAGAAUCUUGUGGCAUUUCGGUAUCAAGGGGGAAUUCUGUAUCGUUGCUGUCGACCCAUUAACCCAGGACAUGAGCUCUUGGUGUGGUAUGAAGAGGAGUACACCAAAGAACUCAGUCCUGCACCUACAGGAACAACCAGACAGCAAGAAGUAAAGAACACUGAAGUAAAGAACGCACUGCUGCAAGUCUUUUCCUGCUCCACAUGUCCUCGUUCCUAUACAUCUCAAAUUUACCUCGACAAACACAUCCAGAGAUGCCACUAUAAAGAGUAUGUGGGACUACAGACAUCAGGAGAGAUUAAAUAUGAGCUUCAGAUACCCUCCAGAUGUCAGCCAACAUCAACUAAUACUCUCAGUUCUGACACUUCUCAUAAUGGUAUACAGAAGGAAAUUCACCACUGCUCAGACUGUGGAAAGAGUUUUGGUCAUCAGAAUGCAUUCAAGACGCACCAGCGCAUUCACAGAGGAGGAAAGCCACAUCACUGCUCACAGUGUGGGAAGAGUUUUACUGGACAGAGUGCUCUCCGACAACACCAGCGCAUUCACACAGGAGAGAAGCCGUAUCACUGCUCACAGUGUGGGAAGAGUUUUACUGGACAGAGUGAUCUCCAACGACACCAGCGCAUUCACACAGGAGAGAAGCCGUAUCACUGCUCACAGUGUGGGAAGAGUUUUUCUCGGCAAGGUGAUCUCCAAGAACACCAGCGCAUUCACACAGGAGAGAAGCCGUAUCACUGCUCACAGUGUGGGAAGAGUUUUACUCGGCAAGGUCAUCUCCAACGACACCAGCGCAUUCACACAGGAGUGAAGCCGUAUCACUGCUCACAGUGUGGGAAAAGUUUUACUCGACAGAGUAAUCUCCAAAAACACCAGCGCAUUCACACAGGAGAGAAGCCGUAUCACUGCUCACAGUGUGGGAAGAGUUUUACUCAGCAGAGUCAUCUCCAACAACACCAGCGUAUUCACACAGGUCAGAAGCCGUAUCACUGCUCACAGUGUGGGAAGAGUUUUACUCAGCAGAGUCAUCUCCAACGACACCAGUGCAUUCACACAGGAGAGAAGCCAUAUCACUGCUCACAGUGUAGUAAAAGUUUUACUCAGCAGUGUGAUCUUCAACGACACCAGUGCAUUCACAAAGGAGAGAAGCCGUAUCACUGCUCACAUUGUGGGAAGAGUUUUACUCAGCAGAGUACUCUCCAACAACACCAGCGCAUUCACACAGGAGAGAAGCCGUAUCACUGCUCACAGUGUGGGAAGAGUUUUACUCAGCAGAAUCAUCUCCAACAACACCAGUGCAUUCACACAGGAGAGACACCACAUCACUGCUUACAGUGUGGGAAGAGUUUUACUCAGCAGAAUCAUCUCCAACAACACCAGCGUAUUCACACAGGAGAGAAGCCGUACCACUGCUUAGAGUGUAGAAAGAGUUUUACUCCACAAAGUCCUCUCCAAAAACACCAGCGCAUUCACACAGAAGAGAAGCCGUAUCACUGCUUACAGUGUGGGAAGAGUUUUAGGCGGCAGAGUCAUCUCCAACAACACCAGCACCUUCACACAGGAGAGAAGCCGUAUCACUGCUUACAGUGUGGGAAGAGUUUUACUCAGCAAAGUAAUCUCCAACAACACCAGCGCAUUCACACAGGAGAGAAGCCGUAUCACUGCUCACAGUGUGGGAAGAGUUUUACUUAUCGAAGUAAUCUCCAAAUACACAAGCGUGUUCACAGAGGAGAGAAGCCGUAUCACUGUUCACAGUGUGGGAAGAGUUUUACUCAGCAUAGUGAUCUUCAACGACAUCAGCGCAUUCACACAGGAGAGAAGCCGUAUCACUGCUCACAGUGUGGGGAGAGUUUUACUCAGCAGAGUCAUCUCCAACAACACCAGCGUAUUCACACAGGAGAGAAGCCGUAUCACUGCUCACAGUGUGGGAAGUUUUUUACUCAGCGGAGUCAUCUCCAAAAACACCAGCACAUUCACACAGGAGAGAAGCUGCAUCACUGCUCACAGUGUGGAAAGAGUUUUACUCAUCGGCGUAAUCUGCAAAACCACCAACACCUUCACGCAGGAGAGAAGCUGUAUCACUGAUCAGUGUGGAAAGAUGUUUACUUAUUCAGUUACACUUAAGUACACUAACUCGGAGACAUUGCAUGAUUUAAAAUAGUCACAUUAAAUAUGGUUGUUAUUAUGAUUGUUUUGGCUGAAAAUGAUCUGUAAUUUGAAAUUUAUUGUUCAUGUUACAUGACUUUUAAAAUAUGUACCUUUUAUAGUGAUGUUUAAAACAAGAUUAUUAAUGUUUUCUUUUGACCUUAAGUAAUCAUUAAUUACCACUAUACAAGUAACGAUUAAACUGCAAUUCUCAUCAGUGUAGUACUGCAGCAUGAGACUAAUUGUUAAUGGAAUUAUUACUGAUCAGAAGUUUAACAUUAUAAAUAACCGAUGCCUCAUAGUAAUCAUAAUCUAGGAGUUGUACAAAAACCUGAACAAAAAUUCAGUAUAUGUUUGAAGUUCUUUAUCCUAACAUAUGUAGCCAAAAAAAGUCUAUGCAGUUGAUUCAGCUAAUUAUUUAUAGACCCGUGGUCUAUAUUCUGAAGUUCUUUCUGAAUUUGCGGAUUUCUUUUGAAAACGAAUUAAUUGUUAGACAUUAUUUGUUUUGAUCACCUGGAAGACUCUGAGAACAGCAUUUGUGUCCAUUCUAGAUUCAGUAGGGGUUAAUCAGGAUGUCAUAGGACCUAACCCUAUUUUUGUUCAGGUUUUUGUAUGAUUCCUAGUGGUCACACUCUCAAUCUAAUACUUGUAUUUAUAUUAAACAUAGGAAAUAUUGUCACUUCCA